GAGUCAUGACCGAUAACUGAGUAACACUACGUCAUGACCGAUAACUGAGUAACACUACGUCAUGACCGAUAACUGAGUAACACUACGUCAUGACCGAUAACUGAGUAACACUGUACGUCAUGACCGAUAACUGAGUAACACUACGUCAUGACCGAUAACUGAGUAACACUACGUCAUGACCGAUAACUGAGUAACACUACGUCAUGACCGAUAACUGAGUAACACUGUACGUCAUGACCGAUAACUGAGUAACACUACGUCAUGACCGAUAACUGAGUAACACUGUACGUCAUGACCGAUAACUGAGUAACACUACGUCAUGACCGAUAACUGAGUAACACUACGUCAUGACCGAUAACUGAGUAACACUGUACGUCAUGACCGAUAACUGAGUAACACUACGUCAUGACCGAUAACUGAGUAACAUUGUACGUCAUGACAGCUUCAUAAUAAGUUACAUGAACUAUGUCAACAUGUCAUUACACCUUUAACUGUUUACAGUACAUGAAAAAUGACACUGCCUUGUCACUUGACAGUCAGUGACAUAAGAUGCCUUUACAUCUUUUGACAUUUGUUAUGUCAUGUUUAUGACCAUAAUAUGACACUGUUGUGAUGUACAGUUCAAAUAAAGUGUUACCAAGGUACAUUCUGUGUUCACCUAUAUAACUUGUUUCCUGAAGAUGACAACAUAAUAUGUAUAUAUUGUUUUUAUUUUUAUCAUGGGAAGUUGAAUGCCAAGUUUUAUUUUUUAUCAAAAAUGUAAAUUAGAUCCGACUGUUACUCAAAGGAAUAUGUUCAUAAUGUUUUUGUUUUUUUAAUUGAUGACAGAUUUUUGUGUGUGUAGUUUACUAAAUAAACUAUAGCUUAUACUGUAUGUUACAUUUACAUUUAAGGUUGGAAUUCAAACAUUUGAUUUUAGACCAAUGACAGCAUUAAGAGAUGAAACCGAUUGGACCGUAGCAGCAACAUUGUAUAGACUGUACUUAUCUGAAAGUAGUGACAUCAUCCUGUGUGACGCAGUGGGAAACAACGUUCAACGGAAGGAAAUCACAGAAGAUAGCGCACAGUUGAGGACUUAGUCUAGCAAUCGCUUGUAGAGCACUACAACAAAAUCAUUUAGUUAAAAUAUUUAGUAUUUUCAAAAGUUGGUACUCAAAUUAUAUCUACACUGAGAGUCCAGGACAGAAGAGUAACGUGUACCGUUCCAGGAAGAAAACCACUAAAGAGGUUGAGUGCAAUCUUGUGCCGAAAUCAGAACAUUAUGGGAGCUGUCUUCGGGGCCUUUUCUGUCGCAAGCUGGGUGCCGUGUCUGUGUAGCAGUGCGACAUGCUUGCUGUGCAGGUGCUGUCCCUAGAGCAAGAACUCCACGGUGACGCGAGUCAUCUACACCUUCAUCCUGUUGCUAGGGACCAUUAUAGCCUGCAUCAUGCUGUCACCGGGAGUGGACGAGCAGCUAAAAAAGAUUCCUGGGUUCUGUGAAGACGGAGCAGGCUCUUCUAUCUCAGGAAUCCAUGCCAACAUGAACUGUGAGAUCUUUGUGGGCUAUAAAGCCGUGUACCGGGUGUACUUCGGCAUGAGCAUGUGUUUCCUGGUGUUCGCUCUGAUUAUGAUCAACGUCAAGAACAGCCGAGACCCACGCUCUGCCAUCCACAACGGGUUUUGGUUCUUUAAGAUUGUCACCAUGGUUGCCGUGACAGUCGGUGCCUUUUAUAUCCCUGAGGGGCCUUUCAGUGCAGUGUGGUUCGUGGUGGGUACCUGUGGGGCGUUCUUCUUCAUCCUGAUCCAGCUGGUUCUGCUGGUGGAUUUUGCCCACUCCUGGAAUGAGUCCUGGGUGGAUAACAUGGAGAGUGGGAACUCCAGGGGCUGGUAUGCAGCCUUGCUUGCUGUAACUGGACUCAACUACAUCAUGUCAUUUAUCGCCGUUGUCCUGAUGUACCUGUUCUACACUCAGCCAAAGGGCUGUCUGCUCAACAAGUUCUUCAUCAGCUUCAACAUGAUUCUCUGUGCUGUAGCCUCUGUCGUGUCCAUCCUGCCCAGAGUACAGAAAUUCCAGCCCCGAUCCGGUCUACUCCAGUCCUCCUUCAUGACUAUGUACACCAUGUAUCUGACCUGGUCGGCCAUGACCAACGAGCCUGACCGUACAUGCAACCCCAGCCUGCUGAGCAUCUUCCAGCAGACACUGGUGCCCACGCUGGCCCCACUGGAGAUCGAGAACCAGACGACUGUGGUGAUCAUCGGCACUGAAGAGCCCAUCCUCUCCUCCCCCUAUCUGCAGUGGUGGGACACCCAGAGCAUUGUGGGAUUGGCCAUCUUCAUAAUUUGCAUCCUCUAUUCCAGCAUCCGCUCGUCCAACACCAGCCAGGUGAACAAGUUAACCAUGGCCUCUAACGACACAGUGAUCCUGGAGGAGAGUAAAGCAGGCACCCCGGACGAGGAGGGAGGGACGGGACCCAGGCGUGUGGAGGAUAACGAGAGGGACAUGGUCCAGUACAGCUAUUUCUUCUUCCACUUCAUACUCUUCCUGGCUUCGCUCUACAUCAUGAUGACUCUCACCAACUGGUACAGUCCUGAUGCAGACUACAAUGCCAUGACCAGCAAGUGGCCGGCAGUUUGGGUGAAGAUCUCCUCCAGUUGGGUGUGCCUUACCCUCUAUACCGGGACCGUGGUCACCCCGAUGAUACUCACCAACCGGGACUUUAGCUGAGAACGCAGUAUUUUCUUUUCGCGUUCCUUAUUGUGAUUCCUGAUUUAGUAAAAAAAAAAAAAAAACACAACAUUGACCACAUGGCCUAGAUUUCAAAUGAUUUCCUGUCAAAAUUACCUGUUUUGUUUUGUGUAUUAGAUGUUGAUGGUUUCUCAUAAAAAAUCUCUUUAGUUGGCCUUUAGAUGCAUUAGAAGAAAUAGAUUCACAUAUGAACCUGGUGUUAAAUCGCUAACCUUGUUGGUGCAUUUGAAGGUUGACAGAUGUGUUUUUUGGUCAAUUUUGUGCAAUUAGGGACCAAAUCGUGUAUUGAUGGUUGACCUUUAUGUCAAAAGAACAUUUUUACAUUUUCCUUUUUUUUUUGUACAUUCUCUCAAUGUAAAUUAAUCUUUGACUGACUAACAUUCCAAACCAACUAUAAGAAUGUAAGAUCCUUUAUCUCUUGAGUAAAUAUACACUGAGUAUACCAAACAUUAGGAACACCUUCCUAAUACUGAGUUGGACCCCCCCCCCUUUUGGACUCAGAACAGCCUCAAUUUGUUGGGGCAUGGACUCUACAAGGUGUUGAAAGCGUUGUGUUGUGACAUGGUAGGGGUGGUAUACAGAAGAUAGCCAUAUUUGGUCAAAUACCAAGUAUACCAUAUUUUGGCAAGAACAGCUGAAUUUAGCAAAGAGAAAUGACAGUCCAUCAUUACCUUAAGACAUGAAGGUCAGUCAAAAACUAUCAAGCGCUAUGAUGAAACUGUCUCUCAUGAGGACUGCCACAGGAAAGGAUGACCCAGAGUUACUCUGCUGCAGAGGACAAGUUCAUUAGAGUUACCAGCCUCAGAAAUGGGCAAUUAACUGCACCUCAGAUUGCAGGCCAAAUAAAUUAUUCACAGAGUUCAAGUAACAGACACAAAUCAACAUCAAGAGUGUUCAGAGGAGACUGUGAAUCAGGCCUUUAUGGUCGAAUUGCUGCAAAGAAACCGCUACUAAAGGACACCAAUAAUACUGUAAUAAGUCUUCCGAUUAAUGUUAUAGUCAAGUCAGGACAAUUCCCUUUACCGUUAUAUUUAAGUCGCUUAGCGUAUUACAGACGCUUAUUUAGUUAUAGCUAAAUGUUUUUUUUUCUUUUCUUUACCCCUUUUUUCUCCCCAAUUUCAUGGUAUCCAAUUGUUGUAGUAGCUACUAUCUUGUCUCAUCGCUACAACUCCCGUACGGCUCGGGAGAGACGAAGGUUGAAAGUCAUGCGUCCUCCGAUACACAACCCAACCAAGCCGCCCAAACUGCUUCUCAACACAGUGCGCAUCCAACUCGGAAGCCAGCCGCACCAAUGCGCCAGAGGAAACACCAUGCACCUUGGCUAGCGCACACUGUGCCCAGCCCGCCACAGGAGUCGCUGGUGCACGAUGAGACAA